CCUUUCGAGUAUCUAGUAAUUGUAUUAGGUUUAUUGCUGUUGAAACCCAUAAAAUCAUUAAACGUAGCCCCCUUGGUCGCGCUUAUCGAUUCACGAUAAUCGCCUUAAAUAAUCCAAUUGGACAGCGGAAAGUACAUAAAUCUUGGAUUUGCGGGGCGCUUUUCUGGUAUCAGGGAAACACACUAAUAAAUAGCCUCACUCGACUUUCAAUCUAUAGAUUAGAUUCAACUGAAAUUGAUUAAUAAGUAUUUGCGCAAAUGCUUAGUCGUACGACCGAUCUUGAAGACAAAAGUUCAGCCCGAAAUGCUGAGUAGAGUAUUUACUAUAUUAGCCAUUGUGGCUUUAACUAGAGCUAUCGACGAUUUUGAUCCUUUCAUUGAUAUACCCUUCCAGCGGCUCAAGACUUCGGCGGAGCGCAUUGCCGAGCAUGGCUAUCCGGCCGAAUCGCAUUUUGCGGAGACCCCGGACGGCUAUGUGCUGAAUCUGUUCCGCAUUCCCCACUCCCCGAAGCUAAACAAUGGCGGGGAAUCCGAAUCCCCUCGUCCGGUGGUGCUCAUCAUGCACGGACUGUUCAGCUGCUCCGAUUGCUUCCUGCUCAAUGGACCGGAGGAUGCGCUGCCGUAUAACUACGCAGAUGCGGGCUACGACGUCUGGCUGGGCAAUGCUCGUGGCAAUAUCUACUCGCGGAACAACACCAGGCUGGAUGUGAGGCAUCCGUACUUCUGGAAGUUCAGCUGGCACGAGAUUGGCUCCAUCGAUCUGCCCACCACGAUUGACUAUAUCCUGGAUCUCACGGGACAGCAGGCCCUGCACUAUGUGGGCCACUCCCAGGGUUGCACCUCCUUCUUCGUGAUGGGCUCUUAUAGGCCCGAGUAUAAUGCCAAAAUCAAGACGGCUCACAUGCUCGCCCCGCCCGUUUUCAUGGGCAACACCACGGAGGGACUUAUUGUGAGCACGGCUCCCUACUUUGGACACCAUGGGAUUGGUUCCACUCUCUUGGAGAACCAGGUUCUACUGCCCCAGAACUCGUUCAUCCAGAGGAUAUUGGACACCACCUGCAGCAAUCGGCCCAUUUUGCUCAGCUACUGCAAGACUCUCGCGAUGCUCUGGGGAGGUCCUGAAAUUGGAAACCUAAAUCAGACUCUUCUCCCGCAAAUAGCUGAAACUCAUCCCGCUGGAGUCUCCUCUAACCAGGCCAUUCACUACAUUCAGUCCUUCGCCUCAAACGAAUUCCGUCUGUACGAUUGGGGAAGCCGCAAGAAUUUGGAAUACUACGGCGUGGAAGAGCCCCCGGCAUAUGAUCUUACUAAAAUUACCUCUGAACUUUACCUGUACUAUGGUUUGUCUGAUGGUUCAGCGAACAAGCAGGAUAUCAGCCGACUGCCCGACCUUUUGCCCAAUUUGGCUCUGCUACAUGAAGUUCCCGAUCCCACUUGGGGACACUUGGACUUUAUAUUUGCCACAGAGGUCAAGAAGGUUAUCAACGAUAUGGUUUUGGAUUAUAGUAAGGCCUACGAUGCUAAGGAACCUCUGGAUAAAUAAAAGUUAAAUUUAAUAAAAUCUUAUAAAAAUAUAUUGAGUUAUUCUGAAAGUACAA